UUAAAUUAUUUCAUGUAAAGGAUAAAAGAUAAACUGGACGACUGCUGAAAAUGUCUUGGUACGAAUCAGCCGUUCAAAAACUGGAUUUACCAAAAAUAGAGUUGUUUAUAAAGGCGGGCAGUGAUGGCGAGAGCAUCGGGAACUGUCCUUUCUCUCAGAGACUCUUCAUGAUCCUGUGGUUAAAGGGAGUCAUCUUCAACGUCACCACCGUCGACCUCAAACGGAAGCCCGCAGACCUGCAGGACUUGGCUCCAGGCACCAACCCUCCGUUCAUGACCUUCAACGGAGAAGUCAAAGUCGACGUCAACAAGAUAGAAGAGUUUUUAGAGGAAAAACUCAGCCCGCCAAGUUUUCCCAGGUUGGCGGCUAAACAUCCGGAGUCCAACACAGCGGGGAUUGAUGUUUUUGCCAAAUUUUCCGCUUACAUCAAAAAUCCAAGAAAAGACACUAACGAAGCGUUGGAGAAAGCCCUGCUGAAGUCCUUGCGUCGUCUGGAUGAGUAUCUGAGGAGCCCUUUACCCGACGAGAUCAACGCCGACGAGUCCGGAGACGUCCCAGAAUCCACCAGGAGCUUUUUAGACGGGAAUGACCUGACUCUGGCCGACUGCAACCUGCUGCCCAAACUGCACAUACUCAAGGUUGUAGCGAAGAAAUACCGUAACUUCGAGAUUCCGGCGGAGAUGACGGGAGUUUGGCGUUACCUGACCAGCGCCUACCAGAGAGAAGAAUUCACCAAAACCUGCCCCAACGAACGGGAGAUCCAGUGGGCCUAUCUCGACGUGGCCAAACGGAUCAAAUAA